AUGGAUUCCAUCACGCCUACCACACCCGCCUCAUGGGACACUCUUCCCAAUGAAUUGAGAUCCAUGAUUCUCGGGUAUCUCGUUACAUGGAAGGAGCCACGUGCCCCUCUUGCUUCCGUCUCGAAAGAUUGGCAAGCGCUGAUGGAGCGGCACACCUUUUCACACAUCAAACUGACAGCAUCACGCCUUGAAAAUUUUGAAAGGAUUGUUACGGAUCAACGCCGAACAUAUGUGCGCUAUCUGUGGUUUUCUCUUGGAUUGGAGGAAUACCCUUGUCAUGACUGUGAGAGCGACGACGACAGUGACAACGACAGUGACAAUGACAGUGACAAUGACAGUGGCAACGAGAGUGGCAUCGAGAGUGACAACGAGAGUGACAACGAGAAUGACAACGAGAAUGACGGGAAUGGUGAGAACGGCGAGAAUGACGAGAUUGACGAGAUUGACGAUACCAAUGAGACCGGCGAGACUGGCGACAGUUACGAGAAGAAUGAGGGUGCCAAGAAGAACGAGGGUUACGAGAACGACGAGGGCUACGAGACCGACGACAUACCAGAAGGUGAAGACGGUGAUGUCGGAGACCCUUUCAUAACCAAAAAAAGAGAAUGUGCUUUUAUCGGGAAGACAUUCUUCAAGCUCUUCCACGUCUUAAAUUCGUGGCCGUCGACGGGCGAAUUGGUGUUCGACAUCAGUGCCCACUCGCCGUGCGACAACAAGCAUGGCUUCAAAUACCUGACGUUUGAGCCGGACUGGCAGAAUGACGAUCUGGCUGAAUGCUGUCUUCAAGAACGCCUCAUGAUAUACGACUCUCAAAAUAUCAAGGAAACAGGCUGCGAGACCCCCAUUCCUGGGCAUCAUGCUUUGCAUAAGAUCUUUAGUGACAUUCACGAAAGGGACCCAUCGCCUGCCAACCUGGGUCAACAAUGGUGGUUUCGUCUUCCAAAAGUCCCGGCUAUCACGUCGAUAAUGCUGCGGCAGCAAAACCGGCGCCGCUGGAAUCCAGAUAUUCUCACGCACCUGGCAUCGUUGUGCCCAAGGCUAGAAAACUUCAAUUACGAACCCUGGCGAGAGUGGGAGAACGACAUUCAAAGUAAUGCAGACAGAUCCUGGUAA